UGCGGUCCACUUUAAACUUUUUACCUUUUGUCCUGAGACGCUGAUACACCGAGAGAUUAAAAGGAAAGAAGAAACAGAAGGAUUUGUAAAUCUUAUUGUAAAAAUAACAGGAAAAAACUUGGAGCAAAAUACUAGGGCUGAAAAAUCCUAUUAAUACAAGCCGAGUCCAGGUUUAGAAAUUAAAGGAGGGAAUUAGGGAAAGACAAUCAGAGAGCAUCAUGGACCGCAAAUUCCCUAACUUCUCCGGUACUUGGAAAAUGAAGUGUUCAGAAAACUUCGAGGAGCUUCUGAAAGCACUGGGUGUGAACGUGAUGCUUCGGAAGAUUGCCGUAGCAGCUGCGUCAAAACCAUCAGUGGAGAUCACACAGGAUGGUGAGACACUGUCAAUCAAGACCUCCACCUCAGUUAGGACCACCCAUGUGACGUUCACUGUUGGACAGGAGUUUAAUGAGACCACAGUGGAUGGAAGGCCUUGCACGAGCUUUCCUCGGUGGGAGACAGACAGUAAGAUCAGCUGUGAGCAAACCCUGCAGAAAGGAGACGGCCCUAAGACUUCCUGGACCAGGGAAAUGACCAACGAUGGAGAACUGAUCCUGACAAUGACUGCAGAUGACGUCGUCUGCACGAGAGUUUACAUCAGAGAGUGAAAGCAAACAGAACAGAAAGGUCAUCUUUUGUGUUCCCCUACUUCCCUGACUAGCCCUGUUAAGGCUGACAAAAAACAGCAUGUGCCAUAUUUAUCAUCCAUGUUACCUUUAGACUUCACAAUUAUUCAUUUACACAUUAACGUUGAACGAAUGCAUGUGGAUUUCAGCAAUAUUAGAAACACAUUCCACUUAAGUCGGUUUACAGUAUGUAGUUAUCUUAUCAGUCUGUUCCAUGUUUGAAUGCAAGUUGAGAAGAGGAAGUUUAGUCCUUGUUUAGGUUUGUAUUUCCAUUAGACCAUUAGAUCAGCUUUAAGCCGGUCUAGGUUGAAGAUCAAAUGUGUUUUUAACAAAAGGGGAAAAAAAAGGAAGAUUCUGAGAGUUUACAUGUUACAUUAAGAUGGAUUCUAUUGUUUAUGUGCUAAUAUAAAUCUCAUGUUACGUUACUUUCCCUACUCUGAGGCACACCUUAAACAAGAGCCCUGGAUCCAGAGCACUUUUAACAAGCGGUGUAACUUCGCUUCAUUUUUAAUCCAAUCUUUAAUCCAAUAAAUUUAAAUUGGCAUAGGUUCAGCUGACUUUGAAGUAGUGAACCAGCGAGUUUGUCGGGUUGUCACACUGAGGUUAAAAUAAUAAAAUCAGCUUGCAUCAAUAGCAAAAUUUGGUCCCAUGUUAUGUAGUCAAUUGAUUCUGUAAAGCCCUGACAGGAAUAAGCGUGUUAAGUGAUGAGCAUGAGAGAUUAAUGGGAAGGGUUGGUCUAGGAACUGUCCUGCAUGCCAUCAGUAGGUUUUUUUUUAGUAUUUGCAUAUUGUUCUCAUUUCCUCAGCAUCUCUUCUUUUUGUUCGUUAAAGUUUUGUAUAUACUUCAGUAAAAUAUUAUUCUGUUAUAAUUUUUUAAGCGUCUUUUAUAUAAAUUUGGGCAAUAGUAAUAAAGCCUGUAUAAACCUGGACAAUAAAAUGUAAAUAAAA